CCUAGGGUCCAGCCUGGCUCCCGCAGCCCGCUGCGGCGGUUACCGUGUCGGAGAGACCAGUUAUGGAGGCCGUGGCAGCUGCGGCGGUAGCAGAGAGGAAGCCCGAUGAUGCUCCCAAGGUACUGCGUUUCCAGCCCUGUGCCCCCACACCUGCCUAGAAUGUCUCAUAGUAGUCUGAUGUGUGAGGUGGUUUAGUCGAAGCUGUUGGACAACUCAGAGCCGAGAGUUACUGAAGCUGAAUAGCAGGCGUGUGAAUGUAGACACAGACUGUGUGGAACCCAGAUGUGUACACUGGGGGGAGCUGAGCCAGACUUCCAUUCCAUCUGGACCUCAGGAGAAGGAGACGGCAGAGAGCACACCAGACAGCAUCCCCAGCGGUGACAGCUCCCAGGCAGAGAGUCCGGCCGUGAGUGCCAUGUUGCAUGCCAUCGCUGCCAGCCACCUGCCUGUGUGCAGCCAGCAGCAGGGUGAGCCUGAUCUGACAGAGCCUGAGAAGGUGGCCAUCCUGGGCCAGCUGUAUCACAAAAAGCCACUGGUGUUCCUGGAGCGCUUCCGCACAGGCCUCCGGGAAGAGCACCUGGCCUGCUUCGGCCAUCUGCGUGGAGACCACCGUGCCGAUUUCUACUGUGCCGAGGUGGCCCGGCAAGGCACUGCCCGGCCUCGGACCCUGCGCACCCGCCUGCGUAACCGGCGUUACGCUGCCCUUCGUGAGCUCAUCCAAGGAGGCGAAUACUUCAGCGACGAGCAGAUGCGGUUCCGGGCCCCACUCCUGUACGAGCAGUACAUAGGACAAUACCUCACCCAGGAAGAGCUCAAUGCCCGCACACCAGCCCCGCAGGCUCCCAGGUCCGGCUCUCCCGGCACGCCUGCCUAUCCACUCUCCGACCUGUUGUUUCAGUCCUACCAGGAACGGGAGCUGCAGCAGAAGCUGCUCCGACAGCAAGAGGAGGAGGAGGCCUGCCUUGAGGAGGAAGAGGACAGUGAUGAGGAAGACCAGAGGUCGGAGAAAGACUCGGAAGCCUGGGUGCCUGACUCAGAGGAGAGGCUGAUCCUUCGAGAGGAGUUCACCAGCCGCAUGCACCAGCGAUUCCUGGAUGGCAAAGAUGGGGGCUUUGACUACAGCACGGUGGAUGACAACCCUGACUUUGACAACCUGGACAUCGUGGCGCGUGACGAGGAGGAUCGGUACUUUGAUGAGGAAGAGCCUGAGGAUGCGUCCAGUGCGGAGCUAGAUGGAGACUGACGUCUCCCAGCCUCCCUCCUCCCACGACGGUGCCAUGCCUGCUCACCUGACAGACAGCUCAUGACAAGCCGGCUUCGUGACUCAGGCCAUCAAGUCAGGCCCCUGGGCUUGGCCCACCUCAGACGGUGCCUCCACGUGUGUUUAGGGGUUCCUACUCCUCCCUGGGAGCGUGGCAUCGCCGCUCUCUUGCCCUGGCCCCACCUCUCUUUCCUCUUUGAGAUGGGACCUUGCUGUGUAGCACUGACUUACCUGUUACUUGCUUUAUAGCCAAGGCUGGCCUGAAACUCAGUCCUCCACCUUGGCCUCCCACAUGCUGUGUGUGCAGCUGAAUCCCUGUGCCCUGCCUGCCCACUGUUCUUACCUGCUUUCUCCCUUGUGCCACUGCUCCACCUCUCGCCUCCUCAGUCUCUAACGUCUGUGCGCCCGCCUUCUGCCCGCCAUCUCUGUGUCAUGGGUGCUGUGACCCUGGCAGUUGUCUGGUGGCUGCAGCUGUCACACGGAUGCCCAGCCCAGCUCUGAGUUCGGGGCCCCC